AUGGAUGAUAUUCCGUGGGUAUAUUCAAAAGUAAACAACGGUGACCAUUCGGGCACUUGCUCAAACGACCAAAAUCCAAAGUACAAUCCACGUGGUGACACAUUCAAUAGGAAAUUUCAGAAUCCUGGAAGAUCGCAAAGUAACGUCAACAGCAACAACUUUCACCAUUAUUAUCAACCGCAACAUAUCGAAUUUUACUUGUCCAGCAUUAGUAUCGAUGAAUAUUGUGAAUCAGUUGAAGCGUUUGAUAUUUACAAAUUGAAGUUCCGCUACAAGUAUCUCGAAGAAGGGAUCUCAAUCUUCUUGAAUGAAAACAAGGGAAAGAUUUAUAUUCCCUUGGAAGCCUUGGAAGAAAUUUCAAAGGUGCAACUAAACCUUAUCUUCCUCACCUUGAAAAAGGAUUCAAUCAAAUUGUUAUCUUACAGUUCGAAGAAGGGUUUUAACAAGGACGACCCAAUUCGUGAAAAUUUGGACAGGGCAACGAGCAUUCACAUGUAUGCUCAAGAAUCGACUCCGCAACAGGCUAUCGACAUGACCGGAUUACACAUUCAUUAUGUUUUGGAUAGGAUAAAUAGGGUAAAGUUUUGUAGGACCAAUGUUCCAAGAUGGGGUGGCAUGGUCAACGUGGCUCCACGUGUUCAGUGUCAUGUUGCCGAUGAUAUUCGUAUUCUAAGUUUGGAUCCUCGGGAAAUUCUUCUUGGUGAUAUCAAGCACUUUAUUGAGAAUGCCCUUAACGUUUCCGGGAUAAGGAACAUCAAGUACAAGGACGAUGAGGGUGACCUCAUCUCUAUAUCCACCAUUGAUGAUCUGGAAACGGCUGCGAAAUUAUAUCUGCGCGACAGCAAAUUAGAAAUUUGGUGCAACUAG